UCGUCAUUGUAAUGCACACAAAAAAAAAACCAGAAAGUCUUCUCCAACACCGAAUUUAAAUCCAACCAAUAGGAAUUGAAGACAAGAAAGAUCAUCCAGGUAUCACUUUUCAUGAUCUCUUUUAGCAAAUAUCGAAUCUUUCUUCUGAUUAUUUGAGGUUUUUUCUUUACAUAAACAGAGAUCUCUACAAUAUAUAUGGGUUUCAAAUUUCGUUUGAUUGCUUUACCAAAAAAAAAAAAAAAAUUCGAUUGAUUGUCUUGGUAAAAAGAUUUGAUUUUGUAGGCCUGUUUUUUCAUUAUAAUUUGUGUGUGUUUCGUUUGGUUCUUGGGGGGUCUUACGUGAUCAUAUCAAAGGUAAAAUUUUUGAAAAAUGUUGGCUUUCGUGAAAUGCUUCUCGUUGAAGCGAACAAAGCAUCCUCCUGGAUAUGAGGACCCUCAUGUUCUUGCAUCCGAAACUCCAUUUACUGUGAAUGAGAUAGAGGCUUUACACAAUUUAUUCAAGAAGCUAAGUACAUCCAUUAUCGACGAUGGUCUUAUCCAUAAGGAAGAGUUUCUUCUGGCUUUGUUCAGAAAAAGCAGUAUGCAAAAUCUAUUUGCGGACAGGGUCUUUUAUAUGUUUGAUAGGAAACGCAACGGUGUGAUUGAGUUUGGUGAAUUUGUUCGUUCACUUAGCAUCUUCCAUCCACACACUCCGGAACAUGAAAAGUCCUCAUUUAUGUUCAAGCUUUAUGACCUCCAUGGAACUGGCUUCAUCCAAGCUGAUGAGUUGAAGAAGAUGGUGGGCGCACUACUUAGUGAAACAGACUUAGAACUCUCCGAAGAAUCAAUUAAAGCCAUCGUCGAACAGACGAUGAUUGAGGUUGAUACGAAUAAAGAUGGCAAAAUUGAUGAAGAAGAGUGGAAAGAGCUCGUCGCUAAAAAUCCUUCAAUCCUCAAAAACAUGACUUUACCUUACCUCAAGGAAGUGACUUUAGCAUUUCCAAGUUUCGUUCUUGAUUCCGAAGUAGACGACUGACUAGAAGAAAUAAAAUACACUUUGAAUGUGCCUGCAGAGUUUCUCCGGAUUUAUUCUUUCGAGAUUAAUUUUGAUCUUUCUUCUCUAUUAAUUCGGAAACCGAACCUGUCUAUCAACACCAGUCCGGCAAUAUCUGGUACAAAAAGUUCAAAAUGAUUUGCAUUCUUUCCCUGUACAAGUUUCACGUUCAUUUUUACCACUGUUGACAUUUUUAUUUUUAACGCAACUUUACAAUGAAAGUAUGAAACACAGAAAAUAU